UAUUUUUGCCGGGUACGGGUAUUUUUAAAUGGGUCGAAUAAAUACUCGGGUCAGUAUAUCCAUUUUCAGCUUUCCCCAUCAAUAGGCCCAAUUCUCUCUUCUUCGUAAACCCCAAUCUCUGUUUCCGCCAUGGCCGAACUUUCUUCUUUCUGCAAUCACAGGUAAAACCUUCUUCUUAUUCACAUUCGUUUGUUCACGCACAAGCAUUUCUUCACUAAUUUCAGUAAUGCCCUCACCUCGAAUAAAAAUCAAAACUUUUUGAGUUCAAUCUGAGCUAGGUUUUCACCCAAAAAUGGCCGCCGCUUUAAGAAAAACCCAGCAAUUAAGAUCCACUCUCUGCAAAACCCCCAAAAAUCCAAUUUUUACCACCUUUCCUAAACCCCUGCAAAACCCUAAAUCAACCCCGUGCCUACAACAACAAAAACCCUACUCCACAAAAUCAUCGAAAUUCCCCGAAUACGAAAUGCCCUCCGUCACAUGGGGAGUAAUCCAAGGCCGAAAGGAGAAGCUCGUGUCACGUGUCAUAAUCUGCGACUACUUAAAAUCCAUGGGCAUAAUCCCCGACGAACUCGAAGAGCUCGAAUUGCCGUCCACGGUCGAUGUAAUGCGCGAGCGCGUCGAGUUUCUACAGAAAAUCGGUAUAACGAUAGACGACAUGAAUGAGUACCCGUUAAUGCUUGGAUGCAGUGUGAGAAAAAACAUAAUCCCUGUUUUAGGUUACUUGGAAAAAAUCGGGAUUCCGAGGGCGAGAAUGGGCGAGUUCGUCAAGAAUUACCCGCAGUGCCUCCACGCGAGUGUUGUGGUGGAACUCGUGCCGGUUGUUAGGUUUUUACGUGGGCUCGAUGUGGAGAAACAGGAUCUUGGAUAUGUGUUGAUGAAGUACCCCGAGUUGCUAGGGUUUAAGCUCGAAGGUACAAUGAGUACUUCGGUUGCUUACUUGGUUAGUAUAGGUGUUAAUCCGAGAGAUAUCGGACCUAUGAUAACGCAGUAUCCGUAUAUAUUAGGUAUGAGAGUCGGCACUAUGAUUAAGCCGCUUGUCGAUUACUUGAUUUCGUUCGGUUUGCCUAAGAAGAUCUUGUGUAGAAUGUUCGAAAAACGGGCUUAUAUACUCGGGUAUAAUCUCGAAGAGACCGUGAAACCGAAUAUCGAUUGUUUGUUGAGUUUCGGUGUUAAAAAAGAAUUACUAGCAUCGAUUAUUGCGCAGUAUCCGCAAAUAAUCGGUUUGCCUUUAAAGGCCAAGCUUUCUUCGCAGCAAUACUUUUUCAACUUGAAGCUCAAAAUCGACCCUGACGGAUUCGCGCGUGUAGUCGAGAAAAUGCCUCAGAUUGUGAGCCUCAAUCAAAACUUGAUUAUGAAAUCGAUCGAUUUCUUGCUUGGAAGAGGCAUUCUUGUUGAAGAUGUGGCGAAAAUGGUGAUUAAGUGCCCUCAAUUAGUUGCACUUCAAGUUGGAUUAAUGAAGAAUAGUUACUACUUUUUCAAGAGCGAAAUCGGGAGGCCGUUGAAGGAGUUAGUCGAGUUUCCCGAGUAUUUGACUUAUAGCUUAGAAUCAAGAAUUAAACCGAGGUAUUUGAAAUUGCAGAGUAAAGGGAUUAGGUGUUCGUUGGCUUGGUUUUUGAACUGUAGUGAUCAGAGAUUUGAGGAGAGAAUUAAAGGGGCGUAUAUCGAGGCGGAGAGUAACGGCCCCUCGUUUUUCAUGGGGGGCAAAUUGGAACUUCCGGGGGGUGAUAUUGUGUCGGAGGACGAAGAGGAUGAGAGUGACGAUGAAAUACUUUAUAGGCGAACUGUUUCUCUGUAAUAGUUACGAAGUAUGCUUUGUCGAAUUAUACGUUUGUUUCUUUUAUUUUGUGUAAUGGCAUUAUUAUCUUUGAGCUCUUUGUUGCUGAUUGCGAAAUUUUGAUGAUUGUAAGCUCGUUUUCGGUUGUGAUCUAGACUUGUAUUUCAUUAUUUCUUCGACUUUUUUUUGUCGAGAAGUCGUUCAAAAUUAGCAGCAAGAUUGGUGAA